UCCCCCAAAAAAGCAGCCAACUUUCCACGCUUUUGGGCCCCUAUUACCUUUCUAAACCACCGUCAACUUCCCGUCUCUCUGUGCAUGGUGAUCGUCCGGAGCGGCGGCGUACGGUGGUCAAAUGAAAUGCCAAAAUCCGGUUGAUUAGGGUCUUCUGGUGGUUGUUAAUUUGUUAUCGGUAAUGUGAUUUUGUUUUGGUUUUUGACGCCGGAAAAUGAACAUGGAUCGGCCGGCGGCGGCGGUGGUGAAUUUGGGAAUGGAUAUGCCGAUCAUGCACGACAGUGACCGGUACGACUUUGUUCGGGAUAUCGGGUCGGGUAAUUUUGGGGUAGCAAGGCUUAUGAGAGAUAAGCAAACCAGAGAGCUGGUUGCAGUCAAGUAUAUCGAGAGGGGUGAAAAGAUAGACGAGAACGUUCAAAGAGAAAUUAUCAAUCAUAGGCCUUUAAGACAUCCCAAUAUAGUUCGGUUUAAAGAGGUCAUAUUGACCCCAACCCAUUUGGCAAUUGUGAUGGAGUACGUUUCUGGAGGGGAGCUUUUUGAUAGAAUUUGUAACGCAGGGCGCUUCAACGAGGAUGAGGCUCGAUUCUUCUUUCAACAACUGAUAUCGGGCGUUAGCUACUGUCAUGCCAUGCAAGUUUGCCAUCGCGACUUGAAGCUGGAAAACACGUUGUUAGACGAAAGCCCUGCUCCUCGUCUGAAGAUAUGCGAUUUUGGGUACUCAAAGUCUUCCGUGCUGCAUUCGCAGCCAAAAUCAACGGUCGGGACACCUGCAUACAUUGCUCCGGAAGUGUUAGCCCGACAAGAAUACGAUGGGAAGAUCGCAGACGUGUGGUCGUGUGGGGUGACAUUAUACGUUAUGCUUGUUGGUGGCUACCCUUUCGAGGAUCCAAACGAACCAAGAGACUUCCGAAAGACAAUACAUAGAAUUCUUGAAGUUCAAUACUCGAUUCCAGAAAACAUUCCGAUAUCACCCGAAUGUCGCCACCUCCUUUCAAGAAUCUUCAUUGGCGACCCUACACAGAGAAUCACGAUGGCGGAGAUAAAAGCACACGAAUGGUUUUUGAAGAACCUGACUGCAGAUCAAAUGGAAGAAGAGAAGAUGAUUAAGAGCCUGUUCGAAGAACCUGAUCAACCAAUGCAGAGUGUGAAUGCCAUUAUGCAGAUAAUAUCCGAGGCCACUAUUCCUCCUGUUGGCCAUUACGAUCUCGAGAUGAUGGAUGAUGAUCUUGAUCUCGACCUUGACCUGCUGGAUGACUUCGACUCUGAUUGUGAAGAACCCAAUAUAGAUAGCAGUGGUGAGGUCGUAUACGCCAUAUGAUCAUACAUAUACGUAUAGAUUGCCUGUAUCUGCUACAAAAAAGAAUUGGUCUGAAAAUCGUACUUUCAGAGAUCGAUUUGCAGUUGUCAUAACAAUAUUAUGCACAACUUGUGUUAUAUAAAAUUUAUAAUCCUUCUA